GGCAGGCAAGGAGAGAUUGAGGAGAAGGAAUUCAAAGCGCGAACUUCACAACAUCACCUGUAAUUGCAAGUCAGGGUGUAGUCUAUGUAUCCCAUUCUGUAUUAGUCGGGUUUACCCGUAAUCCGACCAUAGACGUGGAAUUGAAAUGACCUCGCCUUUUUUUCCUUGAAAAAAAGAAGUGACCUCGCUUCCAAUUGAUAUGCGACGUGCGCAAGCAACGAAUGGUGUGUGCCUGAUAGUAUCUGUGGAAAAACACUUAAGAAUAGCACAAUUGUUCACAACUUCCGCGUCUAAGUAGCCUAACCUAUGCAGAAUGGAUCCAAACAUUAUCACCAACACGGACGUGGUACAGCUGCCGUCCAGCGUCAUUGUAAUUGCAGUUUCGUGCCAUGGAAUUUUUGAUCUGGACACACCCACCGAGUUGGAUACUUUGUCGAAAGGCCCCACGUUCUCCUUCAUUAAGGCUAUUCAAGCCAUGAAUGAAAAACUGACGGGCAAAACUCCCAAGGUCACUUUGUUUGAUGUGAUUAUAUUGGCCAAGGAUUUACAAGGGAACCAGGCAAAGAUAGAAAAUAGCAUUAAACAUUACGGUCUUCCAAUAAGUAGAUGUUGGUUUUUCAACAAUGAAGAAUUUACGCAAAGCCUUAAAUCCACAAAUGCAAAAUUAUUCCUGUCCAUGGACUCCAGUGAUGUCUGCAAGGCCUUGCAAGAAGGAGUUCCAGCUGCACUGCUGUGCCCUCAGACCCAGGCCGAGGGGGAUAAGGAGCAGGUUGCAAACCCAUUCAAAGUCCUGCUGUCAGGGGAUGUAAUGGGCCUGCCAGAGGAGAAACUGUCCGAGGCAGGAUUGAGUCAGCCCCAGCUCCAGACAUUUAAAGCAGCUAAGGCCUCCAUGGCAGAGUUUGCUGCAGUGAUUCGGGAGAUGAGGAGACAUUUUGCCAGGGAGGAUAGCCCCCUGCGGGUGACGCUGAUGAGCGUUCUGGGCUCCAGCAAGGAAUGGGCCAGUGCCCUGUUGACGGCACGGGGUUUGGGGCUGGAGGUGGAUGAGGCCUACUGUUUGGCUGGCGCCUCCAGUGGCCCCAUUCUGAACUGCAUUCAGCCUCACAUUAUGUGCUAUGAUGGACUGUACAGUGUGACAGAAGUACCAGCAUUGUCCUGAAAAAUGAAUACAUAACUUGUUGGGAGGCUGUGGUUCCCUGAUUAUUAAUGACAUUGAGUGACGCAUGAGUCCAAAAUAUUUGAGAUCAGGAUUCAGGAUUAUCUUGAUAUUUUGAUGUGCCAAAGCAUUGUGAUAGAUAUCAUUGCCAAUUACGGCUUGAUAUAGAUAGCUAUAAUUGCCAGUUAUGAGUUCUGUACUCUAAAUAUUCUAAAAAGUACAAAUGAAAUGCUGUGGGUGCUAUAUUUCUCCUAAAGAUAUUUAGAUCUCCGUUUAGGGGAAUGGUUUUGUUUUGUUUUCUAUGCUUUUGCUUUUCUUUGCAAAAGAACACUCAAACAUUUACACAGGUGCUGUGUUGAGCAGUGAACAAGUGUCUUUAUUUAUAAAACAACUGAGCAACUAAAUAAAUAAAUACUCUUAGGUAUCUCCAAACAACAUGGUGAAAUAGAGUCAUGGCAAUUUUAGCUUAGCUUUAAAAGUCACCUACAUUCCUUGCAUAUAUGCAGCAUGUUAUGAGGAAGCCAAUAUGAAGGAGCAUUGGAAACAUUACACAGCAAACACAAAAGUGGCUUAAUCAUGCAGCAACAGAUUACUUUGCCAAAUGAGACACAAUAAUAAUAGUACAUAAUACAUUGAUGACGUGGCCCACACACAUCCUAUUAAACAAUGGUAGAUACACAACAAAUGCUCAACACAAUCGUUGCAUUGGGGUUUUUAAGAAAUAUUAUGUAAGGAUUUACUAUAUGCUUAGCAGUGGUAUAGCUUAGAGUCAAAAUGUAUAAUACAAUUAUGCAGUACUGCUAAUGAUAUGUAAGAGAGCAUGUGGGUAUACUACAAAGCAGACAGAGCCUGUGGGUAUACUACAAAGCAAGGUUAGUGAUUUGUAGAGCAUGAAGCCAGAAGUGUGUUCACAUUUGACAAGCAGUGGUGAAUCUUCUCAAUGGACUUUUUUCUUUGUUCUUUUCAAUUUAAAUAUUUGUAUGUAACAAUUUUCAGUUGUUUGCUUUAAACUGUAAACAAAAUGGCAUGCAACAAGGCCACAAACCUUUGCCUCUGCCUCUUUAAUAUACCACUGUUCAUAACACAUCCCUCCUGAGUUUUGAAACAAAAUGCUUAUGGGGCUUACUGUACUUAGACUACUGUACAGACUCAAUACUGCAGAGGUUUGGAAACGUGCUUUGUUUUGCCAAAUGAAUGUCAGAGCUUUUCAAAAUAGCCUUCAUCUGCUACAUUGUUCACUAAUCUAAAAAUGACAAUUGUGUAAUACUGAUUUGAUUUACUCAAACAUAAGGCACUGAAUGUGUUGCAGACUGAUUACUAGAGCCUUGAAAAUAUUUAGAACUCCACUGCAAAAACACAGAGAGCAAACCAAUCACACACAUUGUUUAUUGCUGUUUAUCUGCAAGUAUGCAGUUGGAUAUGGCUUACGGAUAUAUAAACAUUAACACUUGCUUUCCUUGGUCUUUGGCCUGAUUUCAUUAAGGACAAGUGCACAAGACAGAGCAUUUACACAAUCACAUUCUUCUGAAAAUAAAUGAGACAAUUUCCUCUAGGAA